AAGAAAUCAACCAAAUUCUUCAACGAUCAAGAACAAGAAAAGAUCAAUCCUUAGCCCAAUUCCCCUCUCUCUCCUCCCAUUCUCGCACUAGAAUCAACCCCAAUUCUAGAGUGAAUCAUACACCUUACACACAUAUCGGCGAGAAAGGGAAGGAGAGAGACAAUCACACAUCCAAUUAUUCAUGGAAGAAUUGAGAAGGACGAAGAGAUUUGCUGUUCUUCUGUGCGCGGAGGACUCCGAUUACGUGAAGAAGAAAUACGGUGGAUACUUUGGGGUUUUUAUUGGAAUGCUGGCGGAAGACGGCGAGAUUUGGGACGUUUUUCGUGUCUGCAGCGGUCAGUUCCCUUCCGACGACGAGAUCGGACUCUACGACGGUUUUGUGAUCACCGGUAGCUGUAACGACGCACAUGGUAACGAUGCUUGGAUCUGUAAACUUCUCAUUUUGCUGAAGAAAUUGGAUUCGCUGAACAAAAAAGUACUCGGCAUUUGCUUUGGUCACCAGGUAUUAGCGCGUUCACUUGGAGGAAAGGUUGCGCGUGCAACAUCUGGAUGGGACAUAGGAGUACGAACCAUCAAUUUCUCAACAUCCACAAAAACGUUUUCUAAACUGAAAUUGCCAGCUCGGUUAUCCUUGAUUGAAUGUCAUCGUGAUGAGGUUCAUGAACUACCAUCGAAGGUGGAAGUGUUGGCAUCAUCAGAUAAAACUAGGGUUGAGAUGUUUAGAUAUGGGGAUCACUUAAUGGGCGUUCAAGGCCACCCUGAGUACACCAAAGAUAUUCUUCUUCAACUCAUCGAUUGCCUUCUCAAACGUAAUCUAAUUGAGGAGUGGAAUGCUAUAAAGGGGAGGGCUAGCAUGGAGGACAAUGAGCCCGAUAGGGAGGCAUGGAAACAAUUGUGUACUAGCUUUCUAAAAGGGAGACUGUGAUGAUGAAUUAUAAAUAUUCUUGAAUUCCAUGAACAAAUAGAUGGUUGAAUGAAUUAGUGUAUAUAUUCUUUUAAAUUCA